AUGACAGGUAAAAAAAGCGAAAAGCAACAACAAACAGAAAAGAGGAAUGAUAAAAUCGUUGGCAAGUCAGUGAUCAAUAAAAAAGUAAGGAAAAGACGCGAUAAAAAGCAAGAAAUAGAAACAAACGAAAGCAGUCACUCACAAAUCGAAGAACAUAAACCGCGAAAAAGAAAAUCAAAAGUAGAACCAGACAUUAAUAAUACUACUGUUAUUAGUUUUGGAAAAAGUGAAUCCGCGCAAACAGAGCCUAAAAGUCAAAAACGAAAUUCACGAAAAGUUGAAUCCAAUGUUGAUAGCUCUGAAAGUGGUUCCACACAAACAGAGCCAGUACCUGACAAGCAAAUAGCCGAACCUGAUUAUUCAGAUAUGCAUGCGAAGCGUCUACAAAACGUGACCAAGUAUAUUGGCGCUCAUGUUAGUGUCGCCGGUGGUGUACAUAAUGCUAUUGAGAAUGGAUUAAUGAUUGGCGCGAAUUCUUUUGCAAUCUUUGUCAAAAAUCAGCGUAAAUGGCAUUCAAAACCUCUAGAUCCGGAGUCAGUUUCCCGAUUUAAAUCAUAUUGUCAAAAGCAUUCGUACGCGUCUAGAUAUAUAUUGCCACAUGGAAGUUAUUUGAUUAAUCUUGCAAAUCCCGAUGAAGCGAAGCGAAAUAAGAGCUAUGAUGCUUUUUUGGAUGAGUUGAAAAGAUGCGAGACGUUGGGUCUUCAUAUGUAUAAUUUUCAUCCAGGAUCAUCAGUAGGACAAUGUACUCUGAACGAGUCUAUACAACAUAUUGCCGAUUGCAUCAAUCGAGCUCACAAUGAAACUGAAAACAUUAUUUGUGUCCUUGAAAAUACGGCUGGUGAAAAAAACAAAGUUGGUAGUAAGUUUGAAGACUUGGGCAGAAUCAUUGCAAAAGUAGAAAAAAAAGAUCGCGUCGGCGUAUGCAUUGAUACUUGUCACGCAUUUGCCGCUGGCUACGACUUACGAACAAAAAAAGGCUACGAUGAAGCAAUGACAGAAUUCUCACGACACGUAGGGUUCGAUUAUCUUCGUGGCAUGCACUUGAACGACUCACGUGCAAACUUUUGCUCGGGUCGUGAUCUUCAUCAAAAUAUUGGGAAAGGUUAUUUGGGAUUGGAGGCUUUUCGCUUGAUAAUGAAUGACGAUCGCCUGAAUGAGCUACCGUUGAUCCUUGAAACUCCGGUGGUGGAUGAUAAUACUUGGAUAUCGGAAAUCGAAUUGUUGUAUAGUUUAGUUGGAAAAAAGGAAGGGGAGGUUCCUAUUGCCACAGAUGACGCCUGUGAUAAUAAUUGUAGAAAGCGAACUAAAGCCACAGAAAGUGGAAAAAGAAAAGGGACAAAGAAAGCUAAAAAAUCAGGCUUACUGAUGGAUUGCCAUUUUUUAGAUCUGGAAUUUAUCUCCAAUUUUUUAUCAAUCUAUGCGAUUUCUCGUACAAAAGUUCGCAUUGAUGAUGCCAGACUCGGGAAAAAUAGAUUAGCAAAGUCAUCGUCGUCGUGUCGACGAACUGUUUCGACCCGUUUUUUGUCGACAUUAUCUACUUCGAAAAAGGGACAUGCAAGUAAUAUACUACAACAAAAUAAUAAACGGUAUUCUAUACUUGGACAAAAAAGUCGGUCGUAUGGAAAUGGCGCAGCACUAAGAGAAAAAGAAACAAUUGUGAAACUUUUGUAUAAUAUUGCUUCGCGCAAAGAGGUAGAAGUUUAUCUGCGUCACUUUUCAUCAGUUGAAUCCCAAAAAUUCGCUGUGAUAAAAGUUGGCGGAGCAGUACUAUCCGAAGAACUAGAUACCCUCGCUUCCUCAUUGACCUUUCUUAAUAGAGUCGGUCUAUAUCCAAUAGUACUACACGGGGCAGGACCACAAUUAAAUGACCUAUUGAAAAAGGCUAAAGUUGAACCUACAUACAACGAAGGAAUUCGCGUAACAGAUUCAAAGACAUUAGAAAUCGCUCGUAAAGUAUUUCUCGAGGAAAAUUUAAAACUUGUUGAAGCUUUAGAAAAAUUGGGAACACGUGCACGUCCUAUUCCUAAUGGCGUUUUCAUUGCCGAUUAUCUGGAUCGUGAGAAAUAUGGGUUUGUGGGAGAGAUUACUGGUGUUCAGAAAAAUGUUAUUGAGGCCAGUAUCAGAGCUGGUGCGUUGCCGAUUUUGACUAGUUUGGCGGAAACUCCAUCAGGGCAAAUUUUAAACGUUAAUGCUGAUGUAGCCGCUGGUGAACUGGCCAGAGUUAUGGAACCGUUGAAAAUUAUUUUUUUAAGUGAAAAAGGUGGAUUGUUUAACGGUGAAACAAAUAAAAAAAUUGACGUGAUAAAUUUAGAUGAAGAGUAUGAAGGAUAUAUGGCAAUGCCAUGGGUUAAAUAUGGGACACGACUGAAAAUUAAAGAAAUAAAAGAACUACUCGAUCAUUUACCUCGAACUUCUUCCGUGGCCAUCACAGCUGCUGGUGAACUGCACAAAGAACUUUUUACGGAUAGCGGUUCAGGAACAUUAAUACGACGUGGAUAUCGUCUCUUCAAACAUAAAUCAAUUAAUGAAUUAGAUCAGAAAAAAGUACACGAUUUACUACAAUUAGAUCCAAUAAUUGCAUCUGGUUCAUCAGAUGCCUUUUCUUAUCUGGAACGCUCGAAAAAGCCCUAUACAGUAUACAGCGAUGAACCAGUUGAAGUGUUGGCCAUUGUUUCUGAAAAUCAGAAUAAUCCAAGCGGGAUUCCUGUUCUUGAUAAAUUUGUAGCUACAAAGAAUGGUGUGCUUAAUAACGUAACAGAUAAUGUCUGGGCUAUGAUUAGAGCUGAUUAUCCUCGAUUAAAUUGGGCUGUAAGCGCGUAUGAUGAAAACCUAUCGUGGCAUUUUAAUAAAUCGGAAGGAAGUUAUAAAUCAGGAGACAAAAUUAUCUUUUGGUAUGGUAUCGAUAAUCUUGAUGACAUUUCAAAUGUUAUUACAGAGUUUGUCAAAAACCAAUCAACUGCCAACAUAAAUGGAAAGCGUACAAGUUCUGGUUCUCUUCCUUCAGGAACUCGUUCAUAUUCCACUUUUACUCGUCCAUAUUCCACUUUUAAUCGGCCAUAUUCCACUUUUGCUAAUAAGAAGUUGUCAUAUCGAGAAUAUUCUUCAAUAAGUCAAUCCUCACCUCAACCAGCAAAGGUUGCCUUGAUAGGAGCCCGAGGAUACACUGGUCAAAAUCUCAUUGCACUGUUUAAUAACCAUCCUUAUUUGUCUUUGUCUCAUGUAUCAUCUCGAGAAUUAGAGGGGAAGAAAUUAGAAGGCUAUACAAAGGAUAAUAUUACAUAUGUAAAUUUGAAAGCAGAUCAGAUGAAAGAAAUGCAAAAGAACAAGGAAGUUGAUUGUUGGGUAAUGGCAUUGCCAAAUGGUGUGUGUGCACCAUUUGUGCAUGCCAUUGAUGAUGCUAAGACUGAUCCGGGUUUAAUUGUAGAUUUAAGUGCUGAUUAUCGAUUUACUGAUACUUGGACUUAUGGUCUUCCCGAACUAUCUGACCGCGAAGCAAUUCGAAAAGCCACGCGUAUAUCUAAUCCCGGAUGUUAUGCGACAGGAUCUCAACUAGCAAUCGCUCCAUUAUUGCCAUUCAUAUCCCAAGAACCAACUAUAUUUGGUGCAUCAGGAUAUUCUGGUGCUGGAACAAAACCAUCUCCCAAAAAUGAUCCCGCAUUCCUCAAAGACAAUCUAAUUCCUUACUCCUUAACUGACCAUAUACAUGAGCGAGAAAUCUCUCAUCAACUUAAUCAGACUGUUAACUUCAUCCCUCACGUAGCUCCAUAUUUUCAGGGAAUUGCGUUAACUGUUAAUAUUCCACUUUCUAGAACGUUCAAAUCUUCGGAUAUCCGGGAAAUAUACGAGGAAAAAUAUGCCAAUGAAAAAUUAGUCAAAGUUGUAUCCGAUGUUCCGCUUGUGAGAGAUAAUGCGCAAAAACAUUUCGUAAAAAUUGGAGGCUUUGGAGUGCAUUCGUCAGGAAAGCGAGUAGUUGUUAUUGCUACCAUAGAUAAUCUUUUAAAGGGUGCAGCUACACAGGCUUUACAGAAUAUCAAUCUUGCCCUUGGAUAUGAUGAAUAUGAAGGUAUUCCAUUGGAAUAA